AUGCUUUUGGCCCCUUUUGCUGAAAUUACAGAAUUGCUUGGCAGUAGUAAUUAUUCCACGCUUAGCUUUAUAUGGCUAGCUAUUAUUACUUUUACUAGAAAUUGUGAACCAUUGUCAACAAGUAUAAAUGAAGAAGAACUUGAUUUAAUAAAUAUGGUAACUGUAUUUGAAGAAGAGGAAGAGAAUAUAGUUGAUUUGGAUAAAGAAUUAGAAAUAAUUGUUACAGCUAAUGGAGAUAAGUUCAAAAUUAAUCAACCUCAAAAUGUGGAUAAUCUAGCAGAAAAAGUAAAGGAAAAUUUAUAUAAAGCAUUAAACCAUUAUUGGGAUGCACCUCUUGAUAGUUCUUUAAUUGCAAUGUUACUUGAUCCACAUUGUAAAUCAAUGAAAAAAUUGGAUAGUUGGGAGCGUAAUAAGGCCAUUAAUGUUCUGCGAGAUGAAUACAAUUCACUUAACACUGAGAAUGAAACUGUUAUUGACUUAGCAAAUGUAGAUCAAAAUGAGAAUCAGAUGAAUCUUUUUUUGAUAAUGUUUGG